CGCUCCUGCUCCAACAUCGAGACGAAGCGGCCUGGCCCGAGGGACGCCCCGGGCAUGCGGGUGCGGUCGCGCUCCUACGGCGACCUGCCGGGCGACCUCUUCAUGGUCACCACAACGCGCCGCGCGCACGAGGCGAGCCCCGAUGCGUCGGUGAAGACGUCGCGCACGGCCGACGGCGUGAUGCUCAAGCGCCGGUCGUCAAGCCAGGUGCUGCCAUCACGGAGCCGGAAGCUGUGGUGGCGGCUCUUCCUCUGGAGCCACCGCAACCUGCACCGGCCCUGGUCGGCGCGGCCAAGCGACGCCGGCACUCCCGGCGGCGGGUACACGUCGGACACGCUCGAGGAGCCGGCCGACCGCAAAAACAAGAAGGCGAUGGUGGACGAGUCGCCGCCGCAGCCGCCGUCGCAGAACCAGUGGGUCGCCUUCUGCGCCGACCACUCCCUGAGCGACCGCGUCAGCGACUGGGUGAGCAGCAUUGACAACGAGUGCCUCCGCAUCGCCGAGGAGGAGAACGACGGCGGUGACCAGAGCAUGGACCUCGCCGACUACGUGGCACGCCCGCGUCCCAUCGAAGCCGGGGAGACGUCGGGCAAGGGCCACGGCAAGCUGGCCAAGCGCUGCGCGGCGGCGGACGACGUGGCCCAGGCCAACAGCAUCGUCCAGUCCCUCAACGGCUUCUCAUCCGUGGCGCACAUCUCCGGGAUGGGCCUGAAGGUCGUGCCCAUGAUCGCGCCCUUCUCCAACCUCCGCGCCGUCAAUCUCUCCGGCAACUUCAUCGUUCAUAUCUCCCCCGGAUCGCUGCCCAAGGGCCUGCACUCGCUGGAUCUGUCGCGGAACAAGAUCGCAAACGUCGAGGGGCUCCGGGAACUCACGAAGCUGCGCGUGCUCAACCUCAGCUACAACCGGAUUUCGCGCAUCGGCCACGGGCUGUCGAACUGCACGGCGAUCAGGGAGCUGUACCUGGCGGGGAACAAGAUCGGCGACGUGGAGGGCCUGCACCGGCUGCUGAGGCUGGCGGUGCUGGACCUGGGCUUCAACAGGCUCACCACGGCCAAGGCGCUGGGCCAGCUGGUGGCCAACUACCACUCCCUCCUGGCGCUCAACCUGGUGGGCAACCCCGUGCAGGCCAACGUCGGCGAUGACGCGCUGCGCAAGGCCGUCACCGACCUCCUCCCGCAGCUCGCCUACCUCAACAAGCAGCCCCUCAAGCCGCGGGAGGCGGCCACCGACAGCGUCGCGCGCGCGGCGCUCGGCACGGCUGGGCGCAGGCGGGGGGCGUCGCGGCGCCUGAGCCAGAGCCCCGGGUCGUCGUCGUCGUCCAGGAGCAGGUCCAAAGGCAGGCAGCACCACGGCUCGAGUGCCACGGCAAGGAAGUGAACAAUGAUCACUCUGGGAGUUGUGUGGGCUCGUAGAUGGUUGGAGACCAUUUGGGAGCAUCCAAGGUGUAUAUUAGCCCCAAGAAAUUUGCGAGGGUUUGGAGUUUGCCAUAAGAACUACCGGUACCGAAGGGAGCACCGGCAUGGGUUGGUCGACGCUCUCGGACAAGAAGGGUGAGACGUCAGUUGUCGUUGAGGGCAUUCGGUUGCCUCUACCUCUUCAACGAAGAUUAGCAUUCCCUUGAGAACGUGAACUUUGGGAUACAUUUGUGUCUCCAUCACUUUGGUUAUCUCGCUGCUUUGUAUUAUACUCCCUCUGUCCGGAAAUACUUGUCGGAGAAAUGAAAUAAAAUACAUCCAUUUGUUAACAUAGGACGGAGGGAGUACUAGAUGACCGGUUUGCGCCAAAUGGCACAGAAUCCCAUUUGAAACCAUGAGUGCUUUGAAAAUAAUUGCA